AUGGCACUGCCCACGCCGACCCCAGCCCCGAGCUGGGAAGAGGAUGAGUGUCUGGACUACUACGGGAUGCUGUCACUGCACCGCAUGUUUGAGGUGGUGGGCGGGCAGCUGACUGAAUGUGAGUUGGAGCUGCUGGCCUUUCUGCUGGACGAGGCUCCUGGCGCCGCCGGUGGCCUGGCCCGCGCACGCAGUGGCCUUGAACUGCUGCUGGAGCUGGAACGCCGAGGCCAGUGCGACGAGAGCAACCUGCGACUCCUUAGGCAGCUCCUGCGCGUGCUGGCGCGUCACGACCUGCUGCCGCACCUGGCACGCAAUAGACGCCGGCCAGUGUCUCCAGAACGCUAUAGCUACAGCGCCUCUAGCUCUUCAACCAGGGCGGAGAGCAGCUGCCGCCGCCGUCGCCGCCACCAGUCAGACAGUUCUUCCGAUUCUCAGCAGGGCCAAUGGGAGACAGGGUCUCCUCCAACCAAGCGGCAGCGGCGGAGUCGGGGUCGGCCCAGUGGUGGUGCCAGACGGCGGCAGAGAGGGGCGCCCACCACCCCUCUGGAGCAGCAGGAGCCGGCCAGGCCCCCCUCUGAAGGCAAAGUGACCUGUGACAUCCGGCUCCGGGUGAGAGCUGAGUACUGUGAGCAUGGGCCGGCCUUGGAGCAGGGUGUGGCGUCCCGGAGGCCCCAGGCGCUGGCGCGGCAGCUGGAUGUGUUUGGGCAGGCCACCGCAGUGCUGCGCUCCAGGGACCUGGGCUCGGUGGUGUGUGACAUCAAGUUCUCGGAGCUCUCCUAUCUGGACGCCUUCUGGGGUGACUACCUGAGUGGUGCUCUGCUGCAGGCUCUGCGGGGUGUGUUCCUGACUGAGGCCCUGCGUGAGGCCGUGGGCCGCGAGGCUGUCCGCCUGCUGGUCAGUGUGGACGAGGCCGACUAUGAGGCUGGUCGCCGCCGCCUGUUGCUGAUGGAGGAGGAGGGGGGCCGGCGUCCGACCCAGGCCUCCUGA